AAAAAAAAGGCGAUUUCCUCAAUCUAAUACAAGGUGCUCCAACGGUUGCACUGUAGGUUGCAUCAAAAGACUGGGGACGUCCGGUGGGACUGACCGGACGACAGGCCGGCCGGUCAGUCAGUCAGUCAAGGGACUGAAAGUUAUUUUUUCCCCCUCCACAGCACUGCACAACAUAGAGAUAGAUUACUUUGCAACAGUGGGAUUAGCAUCUGCAAGUAAAGAGGAGAAUCAAACUGUUAGCAAAUUAAAAGAGGUCCCUGUGUCUUUUCAAUCACCUGACCAAUAUGUGGACAUUUUCCGACCAUUGGUAUUGGAAGAGUUUAAAGCACAGUUGCAUAGUUCCUUUCCGGAGAUUACUUCUUCAGAAGAGAUGAGUUGUGGCAGUCUAUCUGUGUUGUCAGUUGAGAGAAUUGAUGAUUUUCAUCUUGUUCGCUGUGUCCAUGAUGAUGAUGUUCCUGCAGGAUGUAGAAGCUGUUCAGAAAAUGACCUCAUUUUGCUUACAAGACAGCCUCUGCAAAAUUCUUCACAUGAUGUUCACAUGGUUGGAAAGGU